AUGUUGAUGCUUUGGACAUUUGCCUACCAGCUACUUCUCACGUUGCCAUGGACUACAACCUGGUUACCUAUCGCCGCGCCGACUUUAUAUCUGUGGGUCGUCGACACAUUGGCUCUCCGCCGAGGCACCUGGAGUAUCGAAUCAGGCACAAAGCUCGGCAUUCAGGUCUGGCCUCAUUUGGAAUUAGAAGAAGCCAUCUUCUUCCUUCUGACAAAUACCCUUAUAGUGUGGGGGGCGACUGCGUUUGACAACGCCGUGGCUAUUCUCGACUCCUUUCCGGGGGAUUUCCCCACGGUCCCCGGCAUCCCUCCUCCGACCUUGAUGUUCAAAGCUCUAUUUCUGGCCACUUCAAAAUAUGACACUGCGCGUCUCCACGGCUUGCGAAAUGCACUCACAGUUCUUGCUAAGAAAAGCCGAUCAUUCUACCUGGCGUCGGGGGUCUUUGUGGGUCGUCUGAGAAUCGACCUGAUACUCCUCUACGCGUUUUGCAGAGUGGCUGAUGAUCUGAUUGACGACGCGCCUUCUGCAGCUGAGGCAAAUAAAUGGGUGCAAUAUUUUACCAACUUCCUUGAUGUUGCGUACUCACCGAAAAAGGACGAGAACCGGUUACAGCAGGCUCUAGACCCAUUCCCGCCCAAGGCACGGUCUAUCUUACGACUUCUUCCAACGGACAAGUUGCCCUCGGCGCCGCUCUACUCGCUUCUAGAUGGCUUCCGGAUCGACCAGAAAUUCUUUGAUCCAGAAUCUAGGCGCAAUCCUCCCAUUGCCACUUUUGCUGACCUUGAACGAUAUGCAAGCUGUGUCGCGGGUACGGUCGGUGAGCUCUGUUUGAACCUUGUCUACUAUCAUGACCCCGAUCAAGGAACACAGACAGAUACAAGACAACAGUGCCUCACUGCUGGUGCAAAAAUGGGCCGAGCCCUGCAAUACAUCAACAUUGCCCGAGAUGUCAAGACAGACGCCGAUGCCGGACGAUGCUACAUUCCUAGCGAGUGGCUUGAUAAUUCAACGCAAGGUUUAGCCUUAUCUCGAGCCGACCAAAUUGCGCUCCAUAGACGGACAAUCUUGGACUUUGCAUUCGCCAUCUACGCUGAGAAUAGAGAUGCAAUCGAGGCGCUGCCCUAUUAUGCGCGAGGUGGCAUCCGUGUCGCGGUCGAGAGCUACAUGGAAAUUGGCAGGAUGAUGCGCGAGCGAAUGCAACAGGGCAGGCCUUUAGAUUUUGCUGGUGGUGGCAAGAAGGGACGAUCUAGCGUCCCCAAGCCGAGGAGGAUAUGGGUUGGAUGGAAGACAAUGAUGGGGACAGUUGUGACGAACAAGUGCUGGGAUAUGGACAAGCCCAAGAGCGUUGUCAUCGUAGGCGCAGGUGCCGGCGGUAUUUCCAGCGCAGCCAGGCUUGCCAAAGCUGGGUUCCGGGUGACCGUGCUCGAAAAGAACGACCACACUGGCGGACGCUGCAGCCUGAUACACGAUGGCGGCGGGCACCGCUUCGACCAAGGCCCGUCUCUCCUCCUCCUGCCCGACCUGUUCGCGGAAGCCUUCGCCGACCUAGAUACAUCCCUCGAGGCCGAAGGAGUCGAGUUGCUCAAGUGCGAGCCCAACUACAACGUCUGGUUCGGCGACGGGGAGUGCAUCGAGCUGUCCACGGACGUGGCGCGGAUGAAGAAAACAAUCGAGCGGUGGGAAGGCAAAGAAGGCUUCGAGAGAUACCUCGCCUGGAUGAAGGAGGCCCACGUCCACUACGAGGCCAGCGUCGUCCAUGUGCUGCGGAAGAACUUCUCCACCAUCUGGGCAAUGGCCCGUCCGAGCUUCCUGCCCUACCUCAUGGCGCUCCACCCCUUCGAAAGCAUCUGGAACCGGGCGGCGCGCUAUUUUCUGACGGAGCGGCUGAGGAGAGCCUUCACUUUCGGGAGUAUGUACAUGGGCAUGAGUCCCUUUGAAGCCCCCGGCACCUAUAGCCUGCUCCAGUAUACGGAACUGGCUGAAGGCAUAUGGUAUCCCAGGGGCGGGUUCCAUCGAGUCUUGGAUGCUUUGGUCAAAGUUGGACAACGUCGCGGGGUCGAGUACAGACUGUCGACACCCGUUGCCCGAGUAAACGUGGACGGAUAUUCACAGCGUGCGACGGGCGUCACGCUGGCCUCUGGAGAGGUCGUGAACGCCGAUAUUGUCUUGGUCAAUGCUGAUCUCGUCUAUGCCUACAACGAAUUGCUACCUCCUUCUCGGCAAGCUACAACAAUAUCAAAGAAACCGGCUUCUUGCUCCAGCAUCUCAUUCUACUGGUCAAUGGACAAGAUGGUCCCUGAACUCCACACACACAACGUCUUCCUCGCCGACGACUACCAAGACAGCUUCGACGACAUCUUCAAGCGACAGCAAAUUCCCAAAGAACCUUCAUUCUACGUCAAUGUGCCUUCACGGGUCGACCCGAGUGCCGCCCCUCAAGACCGAGACAGCGUGGUGGUGCUUGUCCCAUGUGGUCACCUACUGGAGGGCGAGGCUGAUCGAGGGCUAAACCCCCACAGCGCACAAGAUUGGCAGGCCAUGGUUGCGAAAGCUCGGCAUGCAGUCUUUGAGACGAUUCGUCUCCGGACGGGGGCGGAUCUUCAAUCUCAUGUCGCUCACGAGAUAGUUAAUACGCCGAGCACGUGGAAAGACAGAUUCAAUCUAGAUAGGGGAGCCAUUCUUGGAUUGAGCCACUCAUUCUUCAAUGUGUUGAGCUUCAGACCAGGCACGAAGCAUACGACAAUAGCUGGCGUGUAUUUCGUGGGAGCCAGCACUCACCCGGGCACAGGUGUGCCCAUUGUUCUCGCUGGUAGCAAGAUCACCACUGAACAAAUCCUUGAUGACCUUGGUAUGAUCAAGCCAUGGUCUCCAGGAAACCACAAGAGAAGGGUUGUGAGUGAACUGGAUAAACUGGGAACGCGUCCUCUGGAUCUCGUGAACAGUCUUCUUGGUCUGUUACUUGUGGUGUUGGUGAUGCUUGUGCUCUUGAUGAAGUGA